AUGGGUGCUGCUGGAUCAGCGGAUGACAUUAAUGCUAUGGAAAUUCACCAUUGGUACACAAAAUUUAUGAAGGAGUGUCCAUCUGGACAACUUUGUCUGCAUGAAUUUAAACACGUCCUGGAUCUACAUGGACUUACUCCAGAAGCUAACAGCUAUGUUGAACAAGUAUUUCACACGUUUGACAUGAAUAAGGAUGGAUUUAUAGACUUCUUGGAGUUCAUAGCUGCAAUAAAUUUGGUUAUACGAGGGAAAAUUGACCAAAAAUUGAAAUGGUAUUUUAAGCUAUACGAUGCUGAUGGAAACGGAUGUAUUGACAAAAAAGAACUAUUAAGCAUAUUCACGGCUAUCCAGGCUAUUAAUGGCCACACUAACAUGUCUGCUGAAGAGUUCACAAGCAUGAUAUUUCAGAAGAUAGAUGUGAACAACGAUGGUAAGAACCUAGGUUUUCUUGGUGUUAGCAGGGAUUUUUCCCCCUUAAGGAAGUAUGGGAUCAAGAGGAGAGUUGAACACACUACUGAAGAACUGACUGGUUUAGACAAACUGAAAGGCUGA